UCUUGCUAUGCUGAGGUGGUGGGGUUCUGCCUGUUUAGGACUGGCCGUGGAGCUGUCAUGGCGCCAAAGGGAAAGGUGGGAACCAAAGGUAAAAAGCAAAUAUUUGAAGAAAACAAGGACACACUGAAAUUCUAUCUGCGAAUUAUCUUAGGAGCAAAUGCCAUUUAUGGAAUUGUAAACCUUGUGAUCUUCUACUCAGCGGCCACCCUCUGGACAUGGCUCUUGGAAAGCCCACCCGUGAGGGCACGGGUCAAAGACUUCCUUGGCUUUGAGAUGUGCAAGGCCCCUGAACAUGGGCUCCUGGUCAGGCUGCAGCUGAAAGAGCCCUCCUCCAGCCCUUCCUCAAGGCACCUGAAGGAUGUGAUCCUGCUCACAGCCAUAGUCCAAGUUCUCAGCUGUCUUUCUCCCUACAUGUGGUACUUCUGGCUCUUGGCUCCCGGACGGGCACUUUACCUUCUCUGGGUUAACAUCCUGGGGCCUUGGUUCACCACAGACUCCUCCGCCACCAACCCAGAGCCCAAUGAGAAGAAACAGCGCCGGCAAGAACGGCGGCAGAUGAAGCGUUUCUAGCAGAGCUCCUGGGAGUAGAUCUAGAAUGCCACCCACCGUCUCUGAGUGGCUGUUCAUCAGGGAUGCAGAUUUUUUUUUAACCAAUCAGAAAACAUCAGGGGCUGCUUCUCUCUCUCAUUCCCCCCUCCCCUUUGGCAAUGGCGUGUCACUUGAAGGCUACAGCGAUGGUUCUGGACGACUUUAGGAGGGUCACCAGGCAGAUACCUUGGCCUUCAUCUGCCCCACGGCACAGGGCGGGAACCUUUUGUGGGAGCCGGAAGUGUGUAAAUAAUCUUCUAAAAGUGACGCUGAAAUAACGCAUCAGAAGAUGGAAGCGUUGCAAGGCUUGAAGAAAUGGUAUAUUAAAAGAAAUGCUUUCAAUCUAUAUGGUAACUCAUACGGCUGGUAUUGGUGUCAUCCUGUCCCAAUCGGCAACCUGUUCAUUUGCCAGAUCGCUCUGGGCAGGGUUGAUUAAGCCAAAACACAAAGCAAACAAUAAACUUAAACAGUGAAAACAAUCAUUAGAUGCAGAGGUCACUGAAGGACAAAGCCA